AGAAAACAAAAUCUCUCAUAAACUAGUAUCAAAACGUGAAAGUGUUCUUAGCAGCUAAAAAUUUUAUAUAUUGUUUGCUUUUUGUCUGUAUUUUUGUUCACCAACUACAGAACAGGAUAACUUGUGAAGGUGAAAUCUCGAGCUCCAUGGAGAAAGAUAAGGAGACUGUAACAGUUGAGGAAGAGGGUUUCUCUUUAGAGCUUCCUGCUCCUUCUGGCUGGAAAAAGAAGUUUGUACCCAAGAAAGGCGGGACCCCUAAGAAAGGUGAGAUCAUUUUCACUGCUCCAACAGGGGAAGAAAUUGCAAGCAAAAGACAGUUGGAACAGUACCUCAGAGCACACGCUGGUGGUCCGGCAGUAUCUGAGUUUGACUGGGGCACUGGUGAGACUCCAAGGAGAUCAGCAAGGAUUAUCGAGAAGGCAAAGGUGACUCCUGUGAAAGAAAGUGAGCCUCCAAAGAAAAGAAGCAGGAAAUCAGCAGCUUUGAAGGAGAGCAAAGAAACAGAAACUACUUUUGAAGGAACUGAGGAGGCUAAAGAGGAAGCUGAAAAAACUGAGAUGAAUGACAUGGAGGUAGAAGAGGGAAAGGACAUCAUGAAAGAAAAUCAAAAUGAAAAUAAAGGACCAUGUGCAGAGACUCAAACAGAGGCAGCUCCUGUUGAAGAAGCUGGAGCUGGAGCUGGAGAAGAAGUUAAAACUUCUGCUAAAAUAGAUGAGGAAAAGGUGCAAGAAAAGGAUGGGCAACAACAGGGUGAGGCAACUACAAAGCAGGGAUCAGGCGAACAAGAGAAAACAGGUGCAGCCAUUGAUGAUGAGAAAAAGGAUGAAGCUGUAGAUGACAAAGAGAAACUCAACAGAACUGCUCCUGAGUCUGAAGGAGAGAUAAAGGGUAAAGAAGCAGAGAAUUGCACUAGUGAGAAACCUGAUCAUACAGGUGUCGAUGGGAUCAAAGAAAAGGUAGAUGCAAAGGCAAUUGAGAAUGGCAGCAACGCUGGCGAGGUUAAACCUUGAGUUACUACAUUUAGAGUAAUUUAAUUCCCUGUUUCGUCUCUAUCACAUCUUUCUGACCUUUUAGUCUGUGAAGUUCUUUAAAUCACUGUAGCUGUAAUGUUGUAAUGAAUAGCUAUCUGAUUGUUGAUUCAGACAUGCUUUAAUACAGGCACAGGUUAGGCGUAUAAUGUAGCAGCUCUUUGCUAAACUAGUAGCCUGCAGUAGUAGUCAUUGUAUCGUCAUGGCAUCAAAUACUGGUUGUGUAAUAUUAUCAUGCAGUUAUGUAAUAAGUUGCCGUUCGAGAUUC